GUAUAAUUACAAAGAUGGCGACGUCAAUAAUAAAAAAAAAUAUAUAACAAAGUUAUGAAAAUGGAAAUCAAUGAACCGAUGGAUGAGAAUUAUCCUAUCCAUCAUUCAUUCGCUAUUUAUUUAUCUUCUAUUUUUGUCUCGUCAAAAACUGAGAAGCCAUGAUUUGUUUUCAGGAAUUACUUGUUGUUCAUUAUUUCCAAUUUAUCGACUUCUUCUGGAGAACCUGAAGAAACUUAAAUUGAAAAAGAUAAAUUAAUUGAUGAUUUGAAUUAAUUUGUAAAUAGCUCUUGACGUAAUCAUUUAAAUUUGAAACAAUACAGGUUAUAAGAAAUCAGUCCUGCAAUUUCGAUUGGUGUCAGCAGAAUGUCAACAGGAGCAACAGAAACUGUUCCCCUGAAUGUCGAUUACGAGGGCCUCCUAAAGGCCCAAAAGGAUCACCAGGUCCUGAUUAUCGAUGUCAGAGAGCAAAAGGAGAUCGAUGAGACUGGAAAACUUCCUGGAAGCAUUCACAUCCCGAUGGGAAACGUAUCAAAAGUCUUAGAGACUCUCGCCGAGAAUGAGUUCAAAAAACAAUACGAGAAACCAAAGCCCCAGAAAGACACGAAGAUAAUCCUAAGCUGCAGGGCAGGCAUGAGAAGUGCUAAAGUUCAGGAAGAGCUCCAAAAACUGGGAUAUCAAAACGCUUGGAACUACGUAGGAGGCUGGGGUGAAUGGGAGAGCAAGCAGAAAUCCUAAAACAAUGGUUUAUUGCUUCUAGAAUAAAUUAAUUUCAUUGUUAAAAUUGUGAUCCUCAAGUUCAUGAAAAAUACUCUAAACAGAGAUUUAAUUAUUUUCUUUUCAUAAUCAUCAAUGCAAUGAAUAAAAUGGAAUAACCAUUG